GUUUCAUUUUGGGGUUUAGGGCUUUUGGGUGGGUUUUUGAUUUGAUAAAAUAAAAUAAUAAAAAUGAAAUCAGUGACAGGGGUGGUGGUGUCGAACAAAAUGACGAAAUCGGUGGUGGUGGCUGUCGACAGGCUUUAUCACAGCAAACUAUUCAAUCGUUAUGUCAAACGUACCUCCAAAUUCAUGGCUCAUGAUGAACUCAAUCAGUGCAAUCAGGGCGAUCGGGUUAGACUGGAUCCUUCCAGGCCAUUGAGCAAGAGGAAGAACUGGGUCGUUGCUGAGAUUCUGAAGAAAGCACAAAUAUACGUACCGCCUUCCGCCGCAACUCCUAGUGGUUCAGGGAGCAAGCCAGCAGCAAAGGGUCCAUCGUCAUCUUAAGAUAAUGGCAUUUUUCUUCUCUAUAUCAGGUGACGACUUAUAUCGGUUAACUUAGUUGCCUACAACGUGCUGCAGCUCAACCAGUGAUGACAUAGAUAUAUUGGUUUUAUCAGUCAAGGUUUCACUAAGCCAUCUUGUUCCCUGUUUUAUUGUUUUGUAGGAUUUUUUGUUAAGACCCGUCUUGUUCGAGGGUUUUGGUAUAUUUAGGUGUAAGAUUAGUGCAGUUUCUGAAAAAAGAACUGCAGUUACUUUAAUUGCAUACCUUCUGGCAAUUGGAUAUGCAUGAUAAUCAAUUCAUUUGUCUUGUGAUGCUUGACUCCUUUGAAUCAUAUCAAUAAAACUUUGGAUUAGUUCUA